GAACUUCUUACCGGAAGGCCUUCCGCGUUUGCAAGCCACGCAGAGUAUAUUUUAUACUCUUUACCUUUGAUUCCUGAGCAAUUCGCGGAAUUCUGGAGACCUGAUCCUGUCAAUCUACAAAGGUAAGAGAGAAAAAAGGGAAAAAAAAAACACCAACGGAAUUCUGUCUCCCAUUUUUUGUCGUGCUUUUAUAGUAACUAGGCAAAAACAAAGAAAAGAAAGUGAAAUAGACUGCGAGCUUACGAAGCAGUUUCUAAAUAUGGACCAAUGUGAUACAAGCUAAGGACGACUUGUUUUUUACUCACCAAAAAAUGCACGAAUGAUAAUUUGGUGUACAAGAGAAAAAAAAUGCUUAGAUCAUUUGUCCACGCAUCGUCCCCUCUACUAACUAUGGUCUCACGGAAGCUUGGCUGGAAAUCAAUACGGAAAGAAAGAUUUUUCAUAAAUGUUUCCCCUUUAUGAAAGGCUUUAGUCCUCUUUCAUAUUUAGAAUUUCUUUCUUGAAAUCCUGAGAAAGAUAAUCAUAACACUAAAGAAUACAGCAAUAUAAAUGCAUAUAAACGGAAAGCAAAACCGGAAGUUAAGAUUACUGAGAAUUGGCAAAAGGAAGUCGAAGGGCUUAUACUAUUGAAAUGACCAACGACUAUGAAAUGUAGCUAUCUAUCAAAUUUGUUAAGCAAUCUGCUGCUAAGAAGUGAGUGAAUGAUCCUUGUCCCAGUCGCCGUUACAUUCAUCCUCUUCACUCGUCAAAAACUCCAUUCCAUAUCCUCAAUUUCUGAGAGUAAAAGCUGUGGACUCUUUAAUAACGGUGGGAAAAUGCUAAGAGUUGGGUGCAAGGGAUUUACAAGGAAAAACUCUAGAGGCAAACUUUGCGGUGGGGAGGGCAGGGAGAUUGAGAAAAGUUUUCGCGUGGAAACAUUGGUUACGAAUGCAAAAUAAAUAUUCAUAAAAAUGGAUAGGCAAAAUACCAAAUUGGUACGGGGAGGCUACUCCUUUUGAUGUCGCUGGGGCUUUCUUCAGUUCCCGGUUAUUGAUUGUAGUUCCGCUUUUGAAUUCCUUGCUUUUUAUAAAUUAUUGACCAAUUUUGAAAAUUUCUGUUUCUACUAACAGCGACGUGAAGCCAUGCCGCUGGAAACGCUCUCUCUCAAAUGUCCUUGUGGCUAUAUCAAACAUGACGUUAUGUGCUUGGGACAAUGGCAGAAUUACGGACAACGGAUUCUCAAGUUCUGUGGCGGGCUUUUUAUCUUGAAUUCAAAUGGCGACGGCGUCACGUGCCGUAAAUGUAACAAGAAGAGUAAUGUAAUCGAGUUUCAUUGUUCUUUCUGCGACAGGACAACCAAUAUUGGCGUGGAGUACCGAGUGAAGGGGCACACCGGACGAGCCGUCUCUAUGCAGAUGUCAGUGCAUAAAACUGUUGUAUUUUUCAACUAA